ACACGAGGCCUGAUUUUCUCCCCAAACCUGUUCGGUUAGUGAGUGUCUCACCCACAGCCGGUCAAACUGGAGAGACAGACACUCACAGCUGGAGCAUUCACACUGAGGAAACUUUAUUCAUUUUAUUUUAUUUCGGUUGACCUUACACCCUCAGGAUGAGUGGUCGCCUUUGGACCGAGGAGCAGUUCAACUGUCCGGUCUGUUUGGAUCUUCCAACCGACCCCGCGACCAUCCCUUGCGGCCACAGCUACUGCAUGGACUGCAUUGCGGAUUAUUGGAAUAACGAAGGCAGGAAAAACGGCUCAUACAGUUGUCCUGAAUGCCGGCAGACCUUUAACCCUCGUCCCACUCUCUGCCGGAACACCAUGCUGGCCGAAGCCGUAGAUCAGCUCCGCCGCGGGACCCUCAGCACCGCAGGCCGCGAGUCCAUCAAGAGCGCGCGACGAGCGGCAAGCUCCGCGUCCGAGAAAGCAAACAAAGCCACUAAAGUCACUCGGAAAAAGCUGGCGGGUUCAGCCGUGCCCUGUGACCGCUGCCCGGAGCCCAAAGCGGCCGUGAAGACGUGUUUGGUGUGCAUGGCGUCUUUCUGCGAGACUCACCUGAAGCCCCACAACACGCAUGAGAAGCUGAAGAGCCACGAGCUGAUCGCGCCCACCGGAGACCUGAGCCAAAAGAUCUGCCCCGAGCACAAGUACCUGCAGGAGUUCUUCUGCCGCUCCUGCCAGAUGUUCGUCUGCUGGCUCUGCACCAGCAACCAGCACAAGGGUCACGAGAGUGUGUCCACACAGGCCGAGAGGUCCGACAAACAGAAAGAGCUGGGCGCAGUUCUGUCAGAGAACCAUCAGAGGCUCCAGGACAGAGAGAGAGAGCUGAAAGACAUGAAGAAAGUCGUAGACACGCUCACGCGGUCCUCAGACAUGGUGCGGGACGAUGCGGAUGCCGUCCUCUCUGAGCUCCAGGAAUCGGUGCAGAGGAUGCUGGAUCUGCUGUUGGAUGUGAUGGUCUCCAGCGGGCAGGAGAAACUCACCGAGGCCCAGGAGGUGGUGAACAAACUGGAGGCCGAAGUCAAACAGCUGAAGAGAAAAGAUGGAGAGCUGAAGGAGAUCAUCAACUGCCCUGACAAUAUACACUUUCUGAAGACGUAUCAGACUCUGUGUUGUCCGCUGGAGGCAGGAGAAUUGGGAACUGUGACCGUCAACCCUGAAGCCACGUUUGAUGCCGUCAGGAGCGUUAUUGUCCAGUUCAGGGAGAGAGUGGAGGAGAUGUGUGACCAGGAGCUGGACAAAAUUAACAAGACAGUCUACAACACCACAGCGUUCACAGUGGCAGAACGAAACGGCCAGAAAACUGGCAUCAUGAAAUUAUUUUCUGGAAAGGGAACCAGAGCUGGUCGUGCACAAGGUCCUCCUCCACUGCCGUCAGUUAGCACACGAGGAUCUGUGGCCACACGUACACCAGUCAGCAGAACCAGUGAGCCAAGAGCUAACAGAGGUGUUACGAACUCUCAAAGACCAGCAAGAUCGCCGAGGGAGGAGCAAAAUCAAACCGACAGAAAUCAAAAUGCAAGGACACAAAGAGAAACACAGAGAAGAGAAGAAAGUGUAAACAAUGAUGCAGACACCAGGAGUUUAAGUUCAGUGAGAUCAAUAGGAAGAGCGAGAGGAGAAGACAAAAAUCAGGAAAAAGAAAAUCAGACCUCUCAAAGACGUCAGAGUACACAGAGCAGAAGCACACGGGAUGAAGAACAAGCAGACCGCUGGAGUUUGAGUUCAGUCAGAUCGAGACUGCGGAGAGAGGACAGAGAACAAGUGAAUGGAGGUUCUCAGAGUGCCUCACAGCAAAGAUCAAACACUGCAGACAGACAGCAGACAGCCAGACAAUCGGACAGAUGGAGUCUGAGCUCUCUCUUACCCAGAAACAGGAGGAAGAGACAGGACACAGUGAAAGAGGCCACACCCACCAUACCGGAGGCGGAGUCAGCGAGGGCUCAUAGCCCUACCUCUGCCAGUGUCUGGGGAGAGCCAACAGAAGUGAAUCCCGCUCUGUUCCUGGACUCACCUACAGACAAUCCCUUCAUCAAUCCUGCUUUCCCGACAUUGAGAGAGAUUAACAUUGACAGCAUUCAGGCUGCAGAGCCCAGAAGCAGAGAAGAGUUUCUGCAGUAUGCUUGUGAUCUGACUCUGGACCCGAACACAGCCCACCGUCGCCUGCUGGUGUCUGAUGGAGACUCUGUGGCCACCCUGCAGCAGACCACGCAGCCGUACCCGGACGUCCCGCAGCGAUUCGACGGCUGGACGCAGGUGCUCUGUCUGCAGCCGCUCUCCUCCGACCGCUGCUACUGGGAGGUGGAGUGGAGGGGUCGUGGCUCGUCUGUGGGCGUGGUCAGUGGCUCCAUGCCUCGCAAAGGGGCGGAUUCAGGGGCAGGGCUUGGGUAUAACAGCCAAUCGUGGAGCUUGGAGCUGUCCGACAUGUGCUGCGCAGCCAUGCACGCUAACCAGAAGGUGGAGAUCCCUGUGAUCUACAGCCCUCGUGUCGGGGUGUUUCUGGACAGGAGUGCAGGGACUCUGAGUUUCUAUAGCGUGGAUGACGAGCUGCUGCCUCUUUAUAAGUUUCAGGGCUCGUUCCCGCAGUCGCUAUACGCUGCGUUCGGAGUAGGCUGUGGUGUCGGGGUCGGGCUGGAUUUUGCCAUGGGGCAGUUCAGCUCCACGUCAGACAGCGUUAAAAUAUGUCCCUUGUGAGCAAAGCAAAUCUUUAAAAAAACUAUAACAAACAUACAGUACAUCAACUCAAAAUUCUACAUUUAAAAUUCAGUGUGAUUCUCAUGCUUCUAGUUCAAUUUUUGAUAAUCGUUCAUAAUUAGAGGAACAGCAAUGAUGAUCAUUUCAUCUAAACUUUUACAAAAAACUAAUUAAACUAAACUAAUUACUAAUAAAUACAGCAAUAUAUACAAUAAUAAAUAUAUAAAUACAAUUUACAUCAAAUAAAAUAUUUAGGAGUGCAUCCUUUAAACCAGUGGUCCUCCAACCACCAGGCUGCGGACCGAUACCAGUCCAUGGAUCAAUUUGUACCGGGCUGCACAAGAGUGAACGAUCUUUUAUUUUGAAAAAUGACUGUAUUCUCUCGCUUACAUCUUGGCCCAAACUUAACCACAAGCAGCAAAAUGUGUAAGAAACAGACGUCUUUGGAAAGUUUCUUUGCGAAGGGGAAAAGGCCCAGUGAAGGACCUGCGAACUACCAAGAAAUGGAUCCACCAUGUCUGUGCAAGAAGAUCAACUGCUGGAGAUCGCAAAUGACGGCAGCCUUUUAGGGGCUGUUUGUAUAUCGCGUAUUUUCUAGAGUUCGUGCAUUAUUAUCAUUCAUUAUUUACAAUGGAGGUGUGCAGCUUGCGCACGCAAGUGGCGUGGCGCGAUCGCGCCUUCCAGAUGCACCUAGUUGAAUAAAUGCUACGAGCGCACUGCGAGUCACGUGACAAGAACUGACCGAUCAGCUUCAUACUUUGUAUGGAAAAUACACAUUUCGGUAGACUAAUUAUCUCAGACAAACACAGAACACCUAAAUACUGCAGUGCUUUGUAAUGUUCUUCAUGAAUAAAACUUGUAUCAGAGUGACAGCAAUGUUUUGCUGACCCUAUGAACCAACGCCACCUGGUCCACAGUAAAAUUAUCAAGCGUUGACUAGUCUGCGGUGAUGAAUAGGUUGGGGUCCACUGCUUUAAACCAUUUUACUUUAAGCAAAAUUACAUCAUAAUACCAAUAACCAUGACACAGCCAAAACCAUAAAAUAUUUAAUGGAUAUUAUAGUAAUAAAAAUGGUCAAGUUUUUGAUUAAUUGCCAUAAUUUUCUAUAUAAUGAUAGAUUAAGAAUAAGAAUAUUCUAUAUGUAAAUUUCUUUUUUGUAUGCAAAAUAUAUUUUUGCUUUUGUAUUUUUAUUGCAACCCUAAUAAUGCCUAAUAGUUAAUAACCCCUAAUAAUUCUAUUCAAUGUUUUGGAUUGUUGUUCACAUUUACAGAAACAUUAAUGAUAAUUAUUUCAUCUGAACAAGUUUUGGCAAAAAAUGUAAAUAACCUAAAAACAAUUCUUAUCUAAAAUAUUUUAUCUCACAAUUUAAAUAUUAAUGUAGUUUUGCUUCAUUUAAAAAGAAAUGUUUGCAAAAAUGGUUUAAAGGAUGCACAGUAAUAAGAAUUGAGAUGUUUUUGAUUGUCAUCAUUUCACAAAGCAAGAAUAUCACAGAUAAUGAUAAUUAGAUUAGAUUAUUAUCACUGGGAUGUAAUUAUGCUAGUUUCACAAUGUCAUUCAGAAAUGUUACAAAAUGGUUUACAUUAGAGUAAUGAGGAUAUUUCUAUUUUAUAUUUGCAUUUAAUGCAUGCCAUUUUUUGGGAUUAGGAUUGUAUGGUUAUGGCAAAUACUAAUUUUAAUUAUUACAAUACUAAUCAAUAUACUGUAGAUUAAAUCAAUAUAAUUGUUGCAUCAUUUAUACUGUCACUAACAUUUAAAAUGUAAACGCCAAUGAACAUGAUUAAAAAUCCCCUGUGUACAGUUAUCAAACUCCUGAGGAUGAAAUUCCAGAGACUCCAAAGUAGCUUUUGUUUGUUUUAUUGUAAAAAAUCCAACAUAACAAUGCUGAUGCAGGAUCUGACAGCCAAACACAUAGGAAAACACACUAAGGCCGUGGUUUACAACGUCAACAGCACAAAAGAAAUCACUUGGUGCGUGAUGUCACAUCUCGUGGCAUCGUCUUCAAGCAUUAACCUUUGACCUGAAUGGCAGCAAAGCUCAACAGCAGGAUGGAAAUAAGGACACUUUGAUACUGAAACCAAAUCAUGCGUUUAGUACCAUAGACUUCAGUUCGGGUUAGAGAUAAAGCUAACGAUGAAUAUAUGCAGCAAGCAUGCUGGUAUUAAAGGAACACUCCACUUUUUUACUUGAAGAUAAGCUCAUUUUGCAAGUCUCCUAGAGUUAAACACUCGAGUUUUACCAUAUUUAAAUCCAUUCAGCUGGGUCUGUCAGGAGCACAUUUAGCUUAGCUUAGCAUAGAUCAUUGAAUCGGAUUAGACCAUUAGCAUCUCACUCAAAAAUGACCAAAUAGUUUUGAUAAUUUUCCUAUUGAACUCUUCUGGAGUUACGUUAUGUUCUAAGACUGACAAAAAAUGAAAAGAUUUAAAGGUUGACAUGGCUAGGAACUAUACUCCCAUUCCAGCGUAAUAAUCAAUUAACUUUGCAGCUGUUCUUCGGCUGCAGCAGGCGCAAUGAUAUUACGUAGCACCUGAAAAUAGUCACUAGGUACUGUAGGUAACAAUGCUGCUUAGGUAUCAAGGUUUAAAAUAGGAAAAUUUGUUUUGCAUUUUUUAGCGAGAUGCUAAUGGUCUAAUCCGAUUCAAUGAUUUAUGCUAAGCUAAGCUAAAGGGGCUCCUGUUAGACCCAGAGAUCGGCUGAAUGGAUAAAAAAAAUGGCACAACUUAACUGUUUAACUCUUGGAAAGUUGUCUAAUGAGCUUAUCUGUCAGGAGCACUUAUUGCUUAGCGUAGCAAAGAUCGUUGAAUCGGAUUAGACCAUUAGCAUCUCAAUUAGGUUAGAGAAAAAUUAGAACUUGAUAUUUUUUAUAGGUUGACAUGGCUUGGAACUACACUCUCAUUCUUGUGUAAUAAACAAUGAACUUUGAUGCUGUACCAUGGCUGCAGCAGGCGCAAUAUUACGGAGCACCUGAAAAUAAGUGUUGCUUAAGAAUCAAAGUUUAAAAUAGGAAAAUUUGUUUUGCAUUUUUUAGCGAGAUGCUAAUGGUCUAAUCCGAUUCAAUGAUUUAUGCUAAGCUAAGCUAAAGGGGCUCCUGUUAGACCCAGAGAUCGGCUGAAUGGAUAAAAAAAAUGGCACAACUCAAAAGUUUAUCUGCUUAUCUCUCAGGAGCACUUAUUGCUUAGCUUAGCAUAGAUCAUUGAAAAUGAUCGGAUUAGACCAUUAGCAUCUCACUCAUAAAUUUUCCUAUUUAAUGUUUGACUCCUCUGUAGUUACAUUAUGUACUAAAACAGACGAAAAAUUAGAACUUGCUAUUUUUUAUAGGUUGACAUGGCUUGGAACUACACUCUCAUUCUUGUGUAAUAAACAAGGAACUUUGAUGCUGUACCAUGUCUGCAGCAGGCGCAAUAUUACGGAGCACCUGAAAUGAGUGUUGCUUAAGAAUCAAAGUUUAAAAUAGGAAAAUAAUCUAAUUUCCUUUACAUUUUUGAGUGAUAUGCUAAUGGUCUAAUCUGAUUCAAUGAUUUAUGCUAAGCUAAGCUAAAAGUGCUCUCGCCAGACCAGGAAAUUGGCUGAACAGAUUAAAAAAAUGGUAAAACUCAACUGUUUAACUGUAGGGGAGUUUUAAAAAAAGAGCCUACUUCCACAAAAAGUGGAGUGUUUCUUUAAUCUGAAGGAGUCAUAUGGUUGCUUAAUAUUGCCAAGAUCACAUUUAUGAUAGGUUGCGUUAUGUUAGUUUGCGACUAAAGCGCACUAAAUGUCUCACCUGUAACAGUUUACGAAGCAAACUUGUUGGUUUUCCCUGUGCUGUUAUUAGCAUGUUUACCACAAAGCACAAUAGGUCAGUUUACCACACACACAUAUGCUCAAAAACACAAGUUUUAGCUUAUAAAAUGACAAUUCAAGCAAAAAAGGACAAAUAAUUUUGGUAUAAAUCCCAAAAAAAGGUCUUUGAAACUUUGAGUCCCUUCUCAAACUCCACCAAAACAUGAAAUACAUUAAAAUUCUAUUCCUAAACGAAUGCUUAGUAAAUGACUUCAUCUAUCUCAGGUUUUACACUCUAGUUAUGUCGUUAGAUAGCACAUGUAAUGCCUCAAUAAAAACUAUUUUAAUUGGUUAAAAAAACAAAAGUGCAUAAAAUGAGAAAAGAAGGAAUAUUAGUAAAUACAAACAGUGUCACUAAUUCAUUCAGGGGUCAGAGGUCAUAAAAUAGAGUGCUAGACAUUUCUAGGACUACCUUCUGUAUGCAUUUGUAUUUAAUGGGAAUAAACGCAACAUAUAAUAAUAAAACGUAUCCUACCCUAGUCAAGAUGGAGGAGAGUUCAAUGAUUCCCUUCAUGUUUCAGUCGCAGGAUCUUAGCUUAAUCUUUGUAUAAUCUGCAGCCGUGUUCACCGCUUUCCCUUGAAUAUGCACAGUCCCUGAAUAUUACUUCAAUUGUACACCGUUUACAAUGAGGUUAGAUGACAGAACAAACACUAAACCCAAUUAUAUCCUGAGUAAAGCAGAUCAACCUUUUUUGAGACAAAACUUUCCGAAAACUUAAUUUAACUCAGUGCAAAUAAAUAAUGUGUAGCUACUGCAGGACGAAAAUACUUCAUUUACCUUUAACCUGCACCUGUAAUAAUGCAAAAACAGGAGAUACGAGCAGGUAGAUGUCCUAUAAUAUUAAUUCAGGGCAUAGUUCACCCAAAAUUAAAUUCUGUCAUCAGUUUACUCACCCUUUACUUGAUUAACCUGUUUGAGUUUCUAUCUUCUGUUGAACAUAAAAGAAGAUAUUUUGAAGAAUGCUGGAAACCUGCAACUAUUGACUUCUGUAGUGUUUGUCAAUGAUUUUCAGCUUUCCUUGGAUAUUAUCUUUUGUGGUUAUCAGAAUGAAGAAACUAAUAAAGGUUUGUAAACCCCACAAGGGUGAGUAAAUUACAAUUUUUGGGUGAACUAUCCCUUCAAAAGGUGUCAUCUAUCUAUAAUGCAGUACAUACUGACCAAAUACUCUCAUGAACUGCUGAAUGAAUCAAGACAAACCCCUAAAAUGAGGCUGUGGAGAUGCAACCAUCUAUUUCACUUCCCAUAUUCCCUUCUCGUUUGUGUUUAUCACCACAAUCUUAUCACGGGGAUUCAUUAAAUUCAGAAUAAACCUACAGAAACCUUCAUAUUUAUGGUCCUUUAUAGCAUUCCUUUAAACAUACUUUUCCAAUUCAACAUCCUUCAACACGUACACAUCCCUUCCUGCUGGAUCCUCCACCUCACAACUCCACAGCCUCACUGGUUAAUGGCCGGAAAAAAAAAAUGA